UUUGUAUUUUGUAUCUACAUCUAUCAUUUAUUCAUAAAUGAGAAUACAUUUACCAGAAUAACUUAAAAAAGUUGUAUAUUUAACGAAAAUGGACGAUAGUAACCUUAAGACAGAACAGGAUAGUAAAAUUGAAGCUUUACUGGAAAAACCCUUCAUUAAAGAAGAGAGGGACAUUCCCGAUUAUGUUGACAUAAAAUCAUUUUCGGAUAUAAGUUUAAAAUUAAAACCCAGGGAUAUACCAAAGUUAUUCCGGUGUAACCAGUGCUCAAACAAGUACAGAAAGUUGGAGUACUUGGAUAUCCACUCAACUGUUCACGACGACAACAUGACUUGCCCUCUUUGUGACCAGUUGUUUUCUUGUAGAAAGGAGUUAAGGGAGCACAUAAAUUAUCAUAUAAAGCAUAAAAUAAACGACGAUAAGAAAGUCGUAUAUAAUUGCUCAUAUUGUCUUAAAAGUUUCAACACUAGAAAGCAACAUACCAUCCACCUUAGAGUCCAUACGAAUGAGAGACCCCACAAGUGUGAAGUUUGUGGCGAGGGGUUCAAGCAGUUAGGAGCUUUGAAGGAUCACCGUGUCACCCACACUAAGGAAAGAAAAUAUGUUUGUGAGAUUUGUAAUGGCGCUUAUACAACAUCCUCUAGUUUAAAGAGACACAAGAGGAGAAUGCACGAUCGAGGUAGAACUCUAGACUGUACCCUUUGUAAUGAUAAAUUUCAUAAUAAGGCUGACUUCAACGCUCAUCGUAUAGGUGCUCACCCAUAUACCAUUUUUAAAAAAAAUUGCCCUUUCUGCUUUACAGUGUUCUAUAAUAAGCUCGCUUACAGUAUACACAAACAGCUUCAUAUCGAUCACCUUCCAAGAAAGAAAAAGUUAUUCAUGAGUUAUAUUUGUAACCUGUGUGGUGAAGAAACGAAUAGUUUGCGGUUCUUUAUGGAGCAUAGGCGUUGGCAUCUGUCUUACACCGAACAGGAGCUGAGAGAAGCGGCAAAAUUAAAAUCGUUCCAGUGCAAGUUUUGCCCUGCCUUGUAUAAAUCAAAGCAGACUCUUUUCAGCCACAUGGACCAGCAUGGAGAAACGACGGUUAGAUGUAAUUUGUGCCAGGAAUUUUCCACUUAUUUAGGAUUGAAAGCACACAAGAGACGAAUGCAUCAGUUGCUAGAGUGUCGCAUGUGCCUUAAGGUUAUAAUCGGAAGAUCAAAGAUGUAUUAUCAUUAUAAGAUACAUCACGCAAAUGCAAACCUUAACAAGAAUCACCAGUGUAACAUUUGCGGGAAAAAAUAUUUGAUGAAGACUGUGCUCAAGUAUCACUACAGACACAGACAUGAAAUAAACGUUAAAAAUUUCAAGUGCCGUGUAUGUGGGAAGCGUUUUUUGACACAGUACGCAAUAACGACACAUAAGAAGAAAGUACAUAAUCUUGGAGUUAAAUUAAAGUGUUCCAAAUGUGAUGUGAUUCUACAAACACUUAAAGAGGUAAACGAACAUAAAUCAACACACGUAAAUGAGAAAUCAAAAAUGCCAAAACCGUUUAAGUGUAGAGUGUGCAAGAAAAUCUUCCAGUGCCGCAAGAAUUACAAAACCCACGUGUCUCUAAAAGUUUGCGUGAAUUUGUUCGUAAAGCAGCGCCGGUUGCAUGCUUGUGAAUUGUGCGAAAAGGUUUUCUUGAAGGAGAACCACUUGAGGAAGCAUUUGGAUUUGCACUCGGGUUACAAAUACAAGUGCCAGUUCUGCAGCGAGACAUCUAAAAUCAUCAAGACGAUACAGAGGCAUGUGAAGGUACAUCAUCCCAAUAAAAAGGUCUAUUGGUGCGAAUUUUGUGGAGAAGCGUUUGAUAUUCAAUCUAAAUAUGAAACACACUCUAGUUUGCAUACGACGAAAAUAGAAAGGGGGGAGAACGUUGUGAAAGGUCGUAAUUGCAGUGAUGUGAAAUGUGAAAUAAAGAUGGAGUUAAUGAAGAACUAAAAAAACAGCGAGAGAACAAGGUUGAUAGGAUUUAACAUUUUUUCUAGUUAAUUAAAUGUGAUAUAUAAUCAUUAAUAAAUAAUGCAGUUAUUUCUUUA